UAAAGGCAUGGGGUUUGAGAUAGACAGAAGACUGUUUCGGAACAGUGAGUCACGCUGUGGAGGAGAGAAGACCAUUCAGGAUGCCAGAGCCAGUCAAAAAAGCAGUUUCAGCAUUUACCAAGAAACCAAAGACUCAGGAGGCAGGAGAGGGGUCCUCUGUGGUCUUUGAAGCAGAGACUGAGAAGCCCGAUGCUAAAGUAAAAUGGCAGUGCAACUCAAAGGACAUUGCCAAUGCCAACAAAUAUGUGAUCACAGCUGAUGGAAACAAGCACUCCCUCACUAUAAAAGCAAUUACGAAGGAGGAUGCCAAUGUCUAUGCAGUGAUUGCUGGAGGGUCAAAGGUCAAGUUUGAGCUGAAGGUCUUAUCAAAGCCAGACGCUCCAACUGAGGCCCCUGCUAGCAAGUCCAGUGUAGAAACAGAGCAGGCUCCUGCUCCACCUGCAGCAGCCCCCACCGAGCACCAGACCACUCCUCUGGCUGAAGAUGCUCCUCCAGUUGAGGAUGGACAGCCUCCAGACACCAGACAGGACCUGACUGGACUCUUCACAGAGAAACCCCAGAGUGGAGAGGUCACAGUAGGUGAAAACAUCACGUUUGUGGCCAAAGUGAAUGCUGAAUCACUGCUGAAGAAACCCACCAUUAAAUGGUUCAAAGGGAAGUGGAUGGACCUCGCCAGCAAGUCUGGGAAACACCUGCAGCUGAAGGAAUCGUAUGACCGCAACACCAAGGUCUACACGUUUGAGAUGCACAUCAUUGCAGCCAAGCCUAACUUUGCUGGAGCUUACAGAUGUGAGGUUUCAUCCAGAGACAAGUUUGACAGCUGCAAUUUUGACUUGACUGUGCAUGAUGCUUGUACUGUUGAAGGUUUGGACAUAAGAGCAGCUUUUAGGCGCACUAGCACAGAUGGAAAAGAAGACUCGGGAGAGCUUGAUUUCAGCACCUUGUUAAAAAAGAGAGACAGUUUCUUAAAAUCCUCCAAUCGGGCCAUACAGGUUAGCACAGAGCCUGACGUGGACGUGUGGGAGAUUCUCAGGAACGCUCCAGCGUCAGAAUAUCAGAAGAUUGCUUUUCAGUAUGGCAUUACUGACCUGAGAGGUAUGCUCAAGAGGCUGAAGAAGAUGAAGAAAGAAGACAAGAAAAGUGCAGCAUUCCUCAAAAAGCUGGACGAUGCUUACCAAGUUACAAAGGGACAUAAAAUAAAACUGGCCAUUGAGGUCGCCAAUCCAGACGCUGAGGUGAAAUGGCUGAAGAACGGUCAAGAAAUUCAUCCAAGUGGAAGCAAGUACAUCUUUGAGAGUGUAGGCAACAUGCGCUACCUCACAGUCAACCACUGCUCUUUGGCAGAUGAUGCAGCAUAUAGCUGUGUGGUGGGAGAGGAGAAAUGCACCACUGAGCUCUUUGUUAAAGAGCCCCCUGUACUGAUUGUGAAGAAUCUGGAGGAUCAAAUGGUCAUGAAGGGUGAACGGGUGGAGUUGGAGUGUGAAGUCUCGGAGGAAGGAGCUAAUGUUAAAUGGGAGAAAGACGGUGUGGAACUGACAAGAGAUGAGUCUUUCAAGUACCGCUUCAAGAAAGAUGGCUGCAAACACAUCCUGAUCAUCAACGAAGCCACAAAGGAAGACUGUGGCCACUACAAGGUUAAAACAAAUGGUGGCGAGUCUAUGGCUGAACUCUUGGUGCAGGAGAAAGAACUGGAGGUCUACCAGAGUAUUGCAGACCUCACAGUCAAGGCAAAGGAUCAGGCAGUUUUUAAGUGCGAGGUGUCGGAUGAGAACGUGAGAGGAACCUGGUACAAGAACGGUGUCGAGGUCAAGUCUGACGCCAGAAUAAAUAUCACCCACAUUGGCAGGAUCCACAAACUGACCAUCGACGAUGUCAAACCAGAGGAUGAGGGCGACUAUACUUUUGUGCCAGAUGGUCAUGCUUUCAACCUUUCUGCUAAACUGAAUUUCUUGGAGGUGAAGAUCGAUUUUGUGCCACGCCAAGAUCCUCCCAAGAUCCACUUGGACUGUAUGGGUCGCACUGCAGAGUCAACCAUUGUGGUGGUGGCUGGCAACAAACUGCGUCUGGAUGUCCCUAUCACCGGAGACCCUGCUCCUACAGUGGUCUGGACCAAAGGAGAGAAGGCUAGUUCUGUAAAACCCGAUGGAGAAGAAAAAGGAGGGCCGACAUCUUCUUGGACCCUAAAGGAUGGGGAAGUUGUCACAGAGGGAGAUGCUAGGGUCCAUGUUGACACUACCAAGGGACACUGUGUCUUCACCAUUGAGGGGGCUGAGAGGCAGGAUGAGGGAAUCUACUCUGUUGUGGUUCGAAACCCUGCUGGGGAGGACACAGCGGAUAUCAGUGUGAAAGUUGUCGAUGUCCCCGAUCCUCCGCAGGCAGUCAGAAUCCUCAGCGUGGGCGAGGACUCCUGCAUAGUCCAGUGGGAUCCUCCUCAGUUUGACGGUGGACAGCCAAUUAUUGGCUAUGUGCUGGAGAGAAAGAAGAAGAAGAGCUACAGAUGGAUGAGACUGAACUUUGACCCUUAUCCUGAAACAACCUAUGAAGCCAAACGGAUGAUUGAAGGUGUGGCGUAUGAGAUGCGAGUCUAUGCUGUCAACAGUAUCGGCAUGUCUCGUCACAGUCCAGCCUCACAGCCUUUCGUGCCAGUCGCCCCUACGAGUGAGCCCAUCGGGCUGUGCGUUGAAGACAUCAGUGACACUUCCAUCUCGCUGAAGUGGCGUCCGCCUGAGAGGAUCGGAUCAGCUGAACUUGAGGGUUAUGAGGUUGAGUACUGCAAGGAGGGCACGGAUGAAUGGAUACCAGCCACUGAGGGUCUGACUGAGAGGACAUCACUGAUCGUCAGAAACCUCACCACCGGAGACAAGCUGCAGUUCCGUGUGCGAGCCCUCAACAUGGCAGGACCGAGUGCUCCCGCCACUCUGGCCCAGCCUGUGACCAUCAGAGAGAUAAUGCAGCGGCCAAAAAUUUGGCUCCCAAGAAAUCUCCGCCAGACUCUCAUCAAGAAAGUUGGAGACACAGUCAACAUUGUGAUCCCAUUCCAGGGUAAGCCCAGGCCACAGGUAACGUGGAGCAAAGAUGGAGAGCCUCUAAGCUCCACAUUCGCUAGCGUGAGGAACAGUGACGUGGACACAAUCCUCUUCAUCCGAAAGACAGAAAGAAAACACUCGGGGAAGUAUGACCUUCAGGUGCAGAUUGAGAACGUAGAAGACACAGCGAGCAUCACACUGCAGGUCGUCGAUCUCCCAGGGCCCCCUGAGGCUCUGAAGAUCAUGGAUGUCUGGGGAUUCAAUGUGGCACUCGAGUGGAAGCCGCCGAAGGACAACGGUAACUGUGAAAUAACUGGCUACACCAUUCAGAAAGCUGACAAGAAGACGAUGGAGUGGUUUACAGUUUACGAUCAGUACAGGCGGACCAACUGCGUUGUGUCUGACCUCAUCAUGGGGAAUGAGUACGUCUUUAGAGUCUUUGCAAUCAACCUGGUGGGCCCCAGUCAGGAGUCCUGCAACUCAAAGGACAGCGCUUACAUCCAGAAAACAGGUAUCACAUAUAAGCCACCCAACCACAAGGACCAUGACUUCUCAGAGGCUCCCAAGUUCACACAUCCGCUGGUGAACCGCUCUAUCAUAGCAGGAUACAGCGCCACCCUCAGCUGCUCAGUCAGGGGCAUACCAAAGCCCAAGGUGACCUGGUACAAAAACAAGAUGGACAUCUCAAACGAAGCAAAGUACCGGAUGCUCAGUAAGCAAGGUGUGCUGACGCUUGAGAUCCGUAAACCCUGUCCGUUCGAUGGCGGAGUGUACACGUGCAAAGCAGUCAACGACAGCGGAGAGGACACAGUGGAGUGCAAACUGGAGGUUCGCCCUCAAAUUGCUAAAGAACAAAAGAAAGAUGAAAAGAAGUAAGAUGUUCGAGCUGUUGACUACAGAGAAGAUUGAUUUGUCUACAGCGACGUUGACUGUUUUGUUUCCUCAACUGCAUUUAGUCCUCAUUCUUUUCUGUUUUGUUUAGUACCACUGGAUUACUGUACCGACUAUGGCUCAUGCUUGAGUUUGCUGUUCACUUAUAGGAAAGUAUUAGUAUUUAUGUGUUGUUAUUAUUAUUAAGUAAUAAUUCAUAGUUUGUCAGUCUAUUCUACACUCACUCCCAAGACCACAGAUGAAUGGAUAACAGUCAAAGACAUUAAUUAAUUUCUGUCAUCUUGGUUCUCAUUUCAGCUGAAUGGAAUGGAUUACAGUGUUUCAAUUUGUGUGCAUACAAAGGUCAAUAUAAAUGCUUUAAAAACUCAA